GGUAGCUGAAUCCUCACGGUCCAUAGUUUGCUGGAUGUUGGGUGGCUGGUUUGUAAAUCACUUCAGUCCAAAUUGAUGGAAGAACUGAUGGUAAGAUAGAUCUCAAAUGAACUUAGCGGGUGAUAUUACUUACAGAAGGAACGGUAGUAACAAUAAGGCAAGACAUGUAGACUAUAAUUAUUGAAACCUACCACUUAUGUCUGACUCAAAACAAUGUACUGUAGCCUAUCUACGAUGAAGCAGAGUAGGCUAGGCUAUAACUCGUUCUAUCAUUGAAAACGGCCAGGUGGGAAUUAGGCUAUUAUGCAUUUUUAAGUAUAUUUUCACGGUCUUAUCGUUUUCCAAGUUGUCAUUCAUAUCAUUAACCAGCACAGUCGCAUGUUAUAAGCAAGUAAUAACGCAAUGUCAUGCAAAUCUCAAGCUUUGCGCAAAAUGUUAGGCUCUUCAAAGUAAUACCCUAACAGUUGAGUACCCUAUACACCCCUUCCCUCACAUUCUUUUUGCUCUAGGUUAACGACAGAGGCAUUGUGACUGAGAUUAAACUGAAGUUAAUCCUGUAGAAACAUUCCUGGCUAUGUCUUUUGAACUUUGACAUGUCAUGUUAUUUUUGUGCCAACUGUGUCCUAGCCAUCAUGUGCUGUUCAUUUGCCUUGUAGUGCUAACUGCUAUACUUUCUCAGCAUACACUUUCCAGGUAAAAGACAAAAAAGAAUGGAGAAAAGACAAGCAGAUUCAACAGUGACGGAUAAUGUUAAAGACUGUCUUGAACUUUUAGAGAUUGUAAAUGAUGUCAAACCUACACAAAACACAGAGGUCUGUAGACAGCAAGAGGCCCAGUUGCUGAGAGAACCAUGGCAGCACCCACUGCUGUCCCCUUACCCUGUGGAGGAGUUUGAGUUGCCCACUAGUCUACAGCUCCAGGAGCUACCUCUGUUUCCACAGUGGCACCUGCCUCUCAAGGUCAUGACCUCCCUGAUGGUUUCCACAUUCCUCUACACGCUUCUGAGGGACGUCCUGCAACCUCUGGUAACCCAAAGCCGGAAUGACUCCUACAAGAUUCCCAUUCUGGUGAUGAACAAGGUGCUGCCGUGGACCUCCAUCACCCUGCUGGCCACAGUGUAUCUUCCUGGCGUGUUGGCGGCCAUCUUGCAACUGUGCAGAGGCACUAAGUACGGUCACUUCCCGGGCUGGUUGGAGAAGUGGAUGUGUGUGAGGAAGCAGCUGGGCCUACUGUCCUUCCUGCUGGCCGCACUCCAUGCCAUUUACAGCCUCAGCUACCCCAUGAGGCGCUCCUACAGGUACAAGCUCCUCAACUGGGCCUACCAGCAGGUACAGCAGAAUAAGGAUGAUGCAUGGGUAGAAGAUGAUGUUUGGAGGAUGGAGAUCUAUGUCUCUCUUGGAAUUUUGGGACUUGGAGUCCUAGCAGUAAUUGCUAUGUCCUCUUUACCAUCUGUCAGCGAGUCUUUCAACUGGAGAGAGUUCCAAUGCAUUCAGAGAACUCUGGGAUAUCUUGCUCUGCUCUUGUGCACAACUCACACGCUGGUCUUUGGUUGGCGUAAGUGGGUGGAGCCAAAGCAUUAUGUCUGGUACACGCCACCAUCCUUUAUCUUAGCCUCUGUCCUUCCUGCUGCUGUGUUACUGGUCAAGAUGGUGCUGUCACUGCCAUGUCUGGACCGAAGGCUGGAGCAGAUUCGCCGAGGCUGGGAAAGGCCGCACUCCCAGUGAAAGGGUGAGAGGGGAAAGGACAUUAUGUAGCUGCCAGAAGGAUGGACAUCAUACCAUGGGCAAUAUCUUCAGCUAAAAGGAAUGAAUCAGUAUAGUGUAUGUUCCCUAUGGGACCCUGUAACAUGAUGAUGCUUGGUUAUGGUUAUGGUUAUGGUUAUGAUAUUUGGCCACUUUUGUCCAAAGCAACUUAUGCACUAUAAGAGACAUACUCUAAUAAUGAAAUGAUCCAUGGAGUGAAAAGGUGUUGAGACAUUAUAGUGGGGAGACUCUUCCCCUUUUGUAAAGAACAACAUGUAGUAUUCAAAUACGUUGCUGAUUAUACUCAGACAUGUAUGAUCAGCAGCAUAUUUGAAGACUGCACAAUUCCCCAAAGCUGUUAUUAUCUGUUAAAUAACUAUGAAACACAGCAUAAUUGCAGUGUCAUACUGACAAAGACUUGAAAAUAGUGCCUGUCCCUGUGUUAACUCUCAAGUUUGUGACUACUUUAUUUAUCUGAAAGGUGACUUGUGAAAAUGUAAUUUCAGCAUGUGCUGUAUCUGGGUAUGUGAGCUACCAGUGCAAAAACACUGAAAUAACAAAACCCAGUUUAUGGGCCGCGAAUGUUUGGAAACAUGUGAUUCAGUGAGAUCAGAAUGAGGCAUUCAGAACUCUUCCCUUCAUAGACCUACCUUAUAGACCUAGGCCUACAAAAAAGCUGCCAUCUUUGAGAUCCGGUAUCCGACAUGGGGAUUUUUUAAUGAUCGCACCUGUGUGGGGACGAAAAAGUCUGAAAUGCAGUACGUUUUCCUGAACACACUUUUGUCCUCUGCCUUCGAGUGGAUACUGUGAUCUCCAGUACAUGAAGGCGGCACACUUUGAUUUUUGUUAGCCCAGAGCUAACUUGCUAACUAACUUAAUGGGAAGUUGCUUCGCAAGU